GCGUUCCCAGAUAACUGGUGUGCUUUUGAAAGUGAUUACGGUCAGGUGACCGGAAAGUGUCAAACAUGGCAACUUACGCUCACUCCACCAUUGUAUUUAAAGCGGGAACGAGACGUUAUGUCGAUCGAAAAAGUUUCCUUCAGCUGUACGAAUAGAAGGAAAAGUAGCAGGUCAAUGGACAUUAUGUGGUAACAAACAUGCCACGACAACUCGGGAGACUUUCUUGUAAAUUUAAACCUGCGAAAUGUUGAGACUAAUUCAAAACAGGAAACCAACGAGCCUGGGGAAACACUGAACCUACUGAAGUUUAAUCAGUGUCGGAUACAUGAACAGCCUCCACCUCUUCUCAGCUGAUUGUUUUGCCAGACGACUGUUUUUGUUUCACCUUUCAGUGUAAAUAAUUAUUAUAGAUUGUUACAACCACGGGACAAUACAAAGGACUUCCUGUGACAUGUUGACUGAAGACCGAGGGGCAAGAAAAACAUUUAUCUCUUAACGAAAGAGAGUAAAAUGAAGCCAAAACGCAUUCAGAGGCCUAGAGGACCCAAUUGGCAAGGAAAGCCUGGGGACACAAUAACACUGAGCCAAACGAAGCCAACAUCACAUGUGUCCUCUUCCACUCACAGCAAACCUUUUGCAGGGAGAGUGUUUUACCUGGACCUGCCAUCAAACAGGACCACAGAGAUAUUGGAGAGUGACAUCAAACAACUGGGAGGGACUGUUGAGAAGUUCUUCAGUAAGGAAAUUAAGUAUCUGGUCUCCAACAAGAGGGAAGCCCAAUAUGUGCAGUGCCUCAGGCAGGACUCGCCUGUGCCCAGCCCAGACUCUGGACCAAGUUCACCUCAUCCUUGCUCAAACCCGCACCGACCAGGCAGCCAUGGGGACAACAUCAAGAACAGGUCUCAAGGUCAAAUUGAGACGUUUGUCACAAGUCGAGGGAAAUCUUUGGUGGAAAAAGUGGUGAAAGUGCAGGAGAGGGCACAAUUGAGCAAGAUUCUGUCAAAUGCUCUGGAGUGGGGUGUGAAAAUCCUCUACAUCAAAGAUGUAAUGGCGUAUGUACAGAAGAGAAAAAGGGUCCUUAGCAGCCAGUGUCCUGCAACUUCUGCUGUAAAAACAAAUGUCAAAGCUGAGUCAACGGCAAAACAAGGAUUUCAGAAAUGCAAAGCUGGAAGAAUCACCAAACCAUUCGUUAAGGUUGAAGAUUCAAGCAGACACUACCGUCCAAUCUACCGCACAAUGCCAAACAUGCCAGAGUUCAAACUGAAGUCUCUUCCUCCUUGUAGUCCCUUCUGCGUUGAGGACAAAUAUUCACCUGGUAACAAACCGGAUGGAAAAAGAGGCGCGAAAGCCUCAGCCAGUGAGGAGAAAGUCCAUGGCCGAAAGAAGAACAGAGACAAGAAACGAGGCGGCUACUGCGAGUGCUGUGUGGUCAAAUAUGAAAAACUCACAACCCAUCUGCAGAGUGAACGUCAUAAGGCUUUCUCCAAGAGUGAUGAUAAAUACUUGGUGGUGGACAGGCAGAUUUCAUCACUGCACUGCAACUUCAUUCACAUCAAUGCUAAAGCUAAAAGACCAAAGUGCAGUGUUUCCUCUGUUGUGGUAGCUACUGGACCAUGUGGGAAAACUGAGCUAAGUCACAGGGCAGAUCUCAAUGCCACGCAGACUAUAAAACAGGAGCAGAAUCAUCAGACUCUAAGUGUGGAAUCUAAUCCAGGAUAUGCUGUAAAAAUCAGAUCACUCCCUGUGUCUGUGCCUCUGAUGCACAAGGACAGGAGGAGCACAUAUCUUGCACGUAAAUGGCAGUUCAGAAAAAAAUCCUGGACCGCUUGCUCUCAAAAUGCUCAGGAUGUUCAAAGUCCUCGGCUUACGAAAGAAACAGCCUCCUCUAUAGGUGAAUGUCAUGUAUCGCUUCUUUCCUUAGCUACUCAGGUCGACUCAGUGGACCAAAUACUUCACAAAGACACAAACGGCUCACCCUCACCACCUCAUAUUAAUGACUUCUCAAACAGGAUAAAUGUUACAAAGCAACAAGAGGAGCAUAAUAUGAACAAGGAUUUGUUACCGUUUGAGGCUUUGGAGAAUGGAAAUGCAUCACCAGACAACAAGAUUGUAACAGACCUUCCAGAAAACACACAAGUUCUCUCACAAAACUUUUCUCCAGUAAGGAAAAUACAGAGAAGGAUUCGAGUUUAUAAACGCAAAAGACGGAAAGUAGACCCACACAUUGAACAUGCAAAGCCAAGCAAGGUGCCUGACAACUCAUCGCAGAAGCUUUGGGAGCUUUUCCAGUCAAGUGAUGACAUGGAUGUAGAGUUUCAUGGAUUUGAGGAUGAGGACGAGGAAUGAGCUGAAGCAAUUAGCUGGACUGUUAUUGCUGUUUCCAAUACUGAAACCAUAUCAAUUUGUGUGUCAUGGAUUAUCGGUGCUAACGUUAUUGUUUUAGGAAAAUAAAGAUGCCCUAAAAAUAUGCAUUAAUUGGUGAAAUAUCCGUAAUUUGUCACAUUCUUCAAAGCAUUCCAUAGAAAACUGCCACUUGAAGAAUGAUGACAAAAAUCAAAUUUUUCAAGUGAAUGCAUUUCAAAAUAAAGCUUAAGACUAAAUACUGUAGAUUCAGUAGUAACAUUUUAAUACAAUAAUCCAGUGAAAGAAAACGUGGAAUCGACUGCGUAAUAAAAUACAAUGUGAAUGGCC